UCCCUGCCCUAUAGUAUUUCUUAAAUGUGAAAUCGAAAUAUCCAAUCUCUGUUUACAGUAAAGAAACUACGAUGCUUCCUGCGGCGAAAUAGGUUGUACACACAUUUUUGACAGCCUCUGUGAGUCACGUCAAGUGACACAAAACAAGUGACUACUAAGCUAAGGAAUAUCCUUCUUCACUAAAGAGGAACAGAUACUAGGAAAACACGUUUAAAUGGGGAUUUUUGCUGUCAUAGCGCUGAUAAAGAGCGAAGAAAUCGAAGGCUCAUUGGGGUAGAAAGGCACCUGCCUCGUGAAUUUUUUAGUGGACAUCACGGUGGAAUCAUCUUAUUAUCAGCAUCCUUAGAGAUACAAGGAUAAGCAUGAGUCACAAUUACGUCUAUGCUAGUAGACUGCUCUUGGGAUGUUAUAUUGCCUGUCUGACUUCAAACACUGGUUGUAACAGCAAAGCGGAUAAGAUGUCAAAGAGCGCAGUUAAAUCAAAUCUGUUGAAGGCACAUGCUUUGGACGGUUUUACUAAGAGGCAUUUUCCUAAUGAUUUCGCACCGGGGUACUCCUCAAUGGAUAGAUUUGUUCUUCCAAUUAAAAUUUCUGAUCUGAUGGCGAAAAUGAAAGAGACGAAAUCGUAUCAUGACGUCAUCAGAAUAUUCCUUGGAGACGACCUGUCCAAUAGGGAGAUUCAAGACAUGUUGACGGGAAAAUCUCAGGAGCACGUGACGGUAAAACUGAGACACGGUCUUGGGAUAGAAACGGUGAACGACAUUGGGUCAGACCACGAGGCUCAUAAAUUAAACUCAGCAGACCUGAAAGCCGCAUACGAACACUAUCGGGAGGUGCACUCGGCGCCUGUCUCCUGCUCCACGCCCAUCGCUGAGGUGAUCAAAAUCAACAAAAUCAACACCAACCCUCACAAGGCUUAUAUCCCGGACUGCACCGUGGUUUACAGGUGUCGCAGGGAAGCUGGUUGCUGCACGGCAUCCUCACAAUGCGGACCCAAGAGGAAGAAAAAUAUUACAAGGGCGUUUUAUGUAGUUGGACUGGAAAGGGAGUAUACGUUCCAUAUUCCUUGGGUGGAAACCUUGACAUUUGAAAACCACACGGAGUGUGGAUGCAUACCUAUAAAGACACUGCCGAGUUGUAAGAAGUGCCCGCGCCCAUUCGUUCUGCGACGCAAUCACGUUGCUGUUGACCAGUGUGACUGCCAAUGCCGUGAUGGAGCAAGGGAGUGUAAAAGAAUAAGCAGGGGAAAGAAACCUCUCGAAGAAAAUCAGUUGUCGUGCAUCAAGCGACGGGAUUGCUACACGCCGCCUUGCCAGUUCGGCAACUUCGAUAUUAAGUCCGGCUACUGCCCAGAACGCACGGCCAUUUUGGAGGAGCACGAGGAAAUUGAGGUAGAAGAAACGGCCAGUGGCCAAACGGUGGAGGUCAUCAGUCGGGGGGAGCUGGUACUGACCAACGGGCAAGAGGUGUCGAUAUCAAGGAGGUCAGUCGGGACCUAACUGUUUUUUUUUUCAUAGAGCUGAACUGAAGGGACAUUGAAGAUGAGAUCCAAUUGAAAAGGGGCUUCAUGUCGCCCUGUAGACCUGAAGCGUACGGAGGCACAGAACUGCAGCUAGUUUUACUUGGGUCAGGAGAAUGUUUAUCUAUUAUCACUCCAUAAAAAAGGAAUUGCAAUUAAGCGUAUGGUCCCUUAAGUAAGGAAAAGUUGCAAAAAAAUAAAAUGUGCCCACUUGAAAAAGUUUGUCAGAAAACAUCCUCUGGUUUUAAGGUUACUGGCCUCAAGGAAUACUGUACAGAAGGCCUACUAGUGUUGUACUGAGCUCACUGUUAUUUGUAAAUAAUGGUUAAAUUUUGUUAAAACGUGCGUUUUUCACUGUCGGACACAGGAAAUCGGGCAAGGGAAUGGGAAAUCAUUGCAAUUUUUUUCCCUCCUUUUAUGUACAUAAGCGACACACCCCGUCCACGUGAUCAGUUUAAGACAAAAACACCAAGGACAUAUCAGUUAAGCUUGGGAAACUGCGUUGUAGUUUAUCAAGAGGAUAUGAGAUCUUGGUAAUUAGAUGUGUCAAAUUUCUCAGGCUAGACACACGCUUAGAAAUUACAAUUAUUUAUAUUCAUAAAAUGUAAUAAGGUUCUAACAGUUGCUUCCUUUUACAAUUGCGAAGGACGCUUUUGCUGGCACUGCACGUACAUUUAAAUACUUUAAAUAUAAUA